CGCCCCCGCCCCCGCCCGGCCUGGCUGGGGUCGCGGCCGGCCGGCCCCUCGAGCCCCCGCCGCGCACCCGUUCGGGAGCGGGGAGAACGGCCCCCUGGCGCGUGCUCGGCGGCGUCCCCGAGGUGCUGCUGGCAGCGGCCGCUGUUGACAGGGACGCGAGCCUGGGCCGCCCCGCCGCCGGGGCUCUCCUCCGCCCCAGGGAAAUUCGUUUCCGGGGUCACGGUCUGCACACAGACCUGUGGCGCUCGCCAGCCGGGGAGAGCAUGCACGGCAGAAAGAGUUGAAAGUGACGAUUACAACAGAGCUGGCUCGUCUGGCGGGGGUCUAGAAACCAAAACAGUCUGAGUUUUCUCGUGCCUCUGAAGAGCGCCGCUUGCACUUGGUGGGACCCCGAACGCGAGUUUCCUAGGAGGUUGCUUUGUACCGAUUGAACGGAGGUCGGAGCUGGUAGUUACGGACUUUGAACAUGUCGGGGAUUGCCCUCAGCAGACUCGCCCAGGAGAGGAAAGCCUGGAGAAAGGACCACCCGUUUGGCUUUGUGGCUGUCCCGACAAAGAAUCCUGACGGCACGAUGAACCUCAUGAACUGGGAGUGUGCCAUUCCAGGGAAGAAAGGGACUCCCUGGGAAGGAGGCUUGUUUAAGCUACGGAUGCUUUUCAAAGACGAUUAUCCAUCCUCACCCCCAAAAUGUAAAUUUGAGCCACCACUGUUUCACCCGAACGUGUACCCUUCGGGAACAGUGUGCCUGUCCAUCCUCGAGGAGGACAAGGACUGGAGGCCAGCUAUCACGAUUAAGCAGAUCUUGUUAGGAAUACAGGAACUUCUAAAUGAACCAAAUAUCCAGGACCCAGCUCAAGCAGAGGCCUACACGAUUUACUGCCAAAACAGAGUGGAGUACGAGAAGAGGGUUCGAGCACAGGCCAAGAAGUUCGCACCUUCAUAAGUGGCGACCGUGCGGCAGCGUAAGAAGGAAGGGAUUGGUUUGGCAAGAACUUGUUUACAACAUUUUUGCAAAUCUAACGUUGCUCUGUACAGUUACUAGUCACCUGGGAGGGUGGGCGGGCGCCAUUUUCCAUUUCCGCCACUGGCACGCAGUCCUCGACUCGCUGAGCUGCCCGGUUUUUCAUACAGGGUCUCUUCCUUCAGUCUUUUGUAUUUUUGAUUGUUAUGUAAAACUUGCUUUUAUUUUAAUAUUGAUGUCAGUAUUUCAACUGCUGUAAAAUUAUAAACUUUUAUACUUCGAUGAGCCCCGAGGAGCUAGUUUCCUUUGCUCGCGGAUGCAGGCAUGCUUCCCACCGUGUAGCAGUACACAUAGCCUCCCGCCGGCCCCCCUCCCGCCUCGCUCCCCGCAGAACCCGGGUUGUGUUGCUUAUGAGCCUCAGAUCCAAAGGCAGCCGGCGUCUCGUUUCCGCAUCACUUCCUUUGUGUUUAUAUGGCGUUUUGUCUGUGUUGCUGUUUAGAGUAAAUAAACUGUUUAUAUAAA